CCCACUCGGAUAUGGCGGGAUACGCGCGCAUCGCGCCGUGUGCAGAAGAGGAAGAGGAGGAGGACGCGCGAAAAGGCCUUAUCGUCGUGGGGCCGCAGUCAGUAUUGCCCGGAAUCCGGAGCCGAACACGCGAAAGAUCCGCGCCGAGUGACCCGGAGUCUGAGGCGGACACACCCACUAAAUCGCCGGAUCGCGUUAAACACGCGACUUCGUUAAACGCGCUGUACACGUCGUUGUCGCCGUCGGGUGGUACCGUCCGUCGAUCGGACACCCGCGGGGUUCCUCGCCUCUUGCGGUCCAAAAUGUCGAUCGUUCGGAAGCUGGUGCUGCACCUCGGAUUCUUCUGCCUUCCGAUACACGAGGGCCAAAGCUUCCGACUAACCAACAUGACGGCGCCUCCGUUGCAAGAUCCGCGCAAAGACAUGCCGCUCCACUGCCGGUUCGACCUCGGCGGCGAAGAACUAUAUGCCGUCAAAUGGUACAAAGACGAUCAAGAAUUCUUCCGAUACACGCCGAGUUUCACCGACAGCUAUACACGGUAUCCGGUGCCAGGAGUCCUCGUUGAUACCAAGAGGUCAAGGUGCGACCGUACUAAAUGCGACCUCCUGCUCACCGACCUCGCGAGGCCGUACAGUUCCGGAGCGUACAGGUGCGAGGUUUCGAGUGAGGCGCCCGCCUUCAGACUCGCCUCGCAGACCCAGAACGUCACUGUCGCAGCCAUUCCUGAUGAAUACCCGGCCAUUGAAGAUGUCCGCAAUUCAUAUGUUACGGGCGAGCUUUUGUACGCCACGUGCACCUCAGGCCCGGGAGAUCCGAAACCUAAUUUAAAGUUUUACGUAAAUAAACAGGCCGUUCCGCAUGUCAGCGAAAAAGUGGUGAAAGUACCGGGCGACGAAACGAACGGACGGGUUAAGUUACAAAAGGCCACAAUACAGUUGCAUUUGCUGCUCGAUAAGAAAACAAUCCCGUCGCUGACCGGUACGUCGCUGGAAAUUUCGUGCAUCUCGUCGACGGAAGGCAUAAGUCCGCUGCUUUCGCCCCCGCUCGCCUCCAGCAAGAACGUCAUGAUUAUCAAUCCGAAUCAGAACGUAAAUAACCAAAAGUUCCACUGGCCCCAGAGUUCUGCCCGCACGCUCUUGUCAACGUUCUUUGGCCACGUGUUACUGCCGAUUGUCGUAGCGAUUUGCUGCUAAAACUCCGAAGGAAUCUGUUCGGGAGUCGGGGGUGGGCGAUAUUUUUUGUAAAAAAAAAGUCAUAUCACACACAUACACACACGGAAAAACUUCUUUUUUAGAUUGAAUGUAUUAAAUUCGUAUAGGCCACAGAAUACUGACGUUACCAUAGACCAAAGAAUCGAGGAUGUGAUAAUUGUAAAUUUUCGCGCGAGUGAACUAUUGAAUGCCGCUGACAGGUGCCAAAGAGAAAACGGAUCAUGUAAUCUGUGAAACUGGUUUUUAAAAAUGUUUAUCAAAGUUUUUAAGAGGUGUAUAAUGUGUUGCCUGCGUUUUUAUUAGCGGUUUUGUCGUAUUUUAAUGUAUUUUCGAAUUUUUAGGAUAAAGGAAACCGGUACCGCACUUUAUCUCUUUCUGCAUCAGAAAAUGUAAAUGUUUAGCAAUAAAAUAGCACUCUAUAAAUUGUUUAAUAUAACUUUAAUGAUAUGGAUGACGUAUUAAACCCAAUACUCAAUUGUAACGAACCUGCACCACU